GCCAAUGGCCUGAACGGCUUGGACGGCGGAGACCAUGUGUUCCCUCCGGCGCGCUUCUCCAAAGUACCCCCGACUUUGCCUAUCGCUGUACAGGAUGAGGAGGGGGCUUUCGAGGUGGAUAUUCCCCUCGAGAUCGAACAUCUGGCCGACGAUCCGAGCGAAACCUGUACCAUGCUCGAGAACGAACAGAAACCUCCAAGCAUUUGGAUGACAGUCGCCAUGGCCUAUGCAAAGCACAGAAAAGUCGACCUUGCCAUAGAGGUAUUGAACAGGACGGUAACUUUCUUUGCGCGCGGCCGUUCAGAGGAUAGACUGAGUAUCCUCAACUGCCUCUGUUGGCUCUACCUUCUCAAGUGUCGCGAAGCACCCCGUGUGCGGCCAGAUGGCGCGGCCGAUGGGGUAAGGACCAAGGAGUCCUACAUCCAAGCAGCGACCGGUGUGCUCAACGACGCCUUACGAAUCAAUCCUUCUUAUCCCCCGCUCAACCUCGCACGUGGCGUCCUCUGCCUUCUCCGCGCGUCUCUCCAACCCCCGGCGACCGCUGCUGGCUCGAAUCAGAUGAGCGCCGAGCGUAUGGACGCACUGAAGCAGGCCGCUAAGAGCUUCGAUGAUGCGCUAAGGGCAUCGCAUGGGAAGAAUCUGAUGGCCCGUUUGGGCAAGGCUAGGGUGAAUUAUUCUAUGGGCAAAUACGCGGAUGCACUCAAGCUGUACCAGUCGGUACUGGAAAGUUCUCCUUAUCUCAUAGAUCCUGACCCUCGGAUCGGUAUCGGCUGUUGCUUCUGGCAGCUUGGUUUCAAGGACGAUGCUGCUGGUGCUUGGGAAAGAUCACUUGAGUUGAAUCCCCGCUCCAAGAUUGCCCUCAUCCUGCUUGGUCUCUAUAACCUCCAGCGUGCGGCUCAGAUACCUCCAUCAGAUCCAGAGUUCGCGAAUGCGACAAAGAAGGCCAUUGCAGACUACGUCGCGCAGUCGCUUCAACUGGAUAACCUGUUUCCUUUGACCUGUGCGACCUUGGGAGGUUGGUUUGUGAUUAGAAAGGCGCCGGACAAGGUUGAGACACUCGCGAGACGCGCCAUUGAACUUACCGACGUCAAUGACAUAGCAAGCGACGGCUGGUACCAUCUGGCACGGAAAGAACAUCAGUUAAACAACAACACGAAGGCUAUGGACUACUACACUCGGUCAGAUAGAGCCCGCGGAGGCGAAGAUCGGGGGUAUAUACCGUCCAAGUUCGGGAUGGCCCAGAUUCGGGUUCUGAUGAAUGACUUCGAUGGAGCCAAGUUUCGGCUUGAAAAGCUCCUUCAACAGCAGCCCACCUUGGAGGCUCAAAUCCUGCUCGGUACCCUCUAUGCCGAAGACGUUUUUGCUGCUCAGGCAGCGAAUUCCAAGGAAGACAAAUCCAACGAACUCAAGAAGGCACUGAAGCACCUUGAAGAUGUUGCCAAGGCGUGGAAGGAUCCUAAGAGAAAGCUCACGCCAGAUCGAGCCGUCCUCCUUAACCUUGCACGUCUCUAUGAGAUAGAAAAUCCUGAGCGAAGCCUCAAGUGUCUGGAGGAAGUGGAAAAGCUGGAAAUCGACGCAAUACCCGAGGAGGACCGGCCCAAUGACAUUGAAGAUGAAGCUCUCUAUCAGUCCGCUCUGCGGGAAAUGUUGCCUCCUCAGCUUCUCAACAAUAUGGCUUGUUUUCAUUAUCAAGCUGAGCGGUACGCCCAGGCUAGGGAGUUAUUCCAAAAUGCCUUGAAUGCGUGUGUAAAGGCUGCAGCUAGAGACGACACCCUUGACACCGAUGCUCUUGUCACCUCCAUCAGCUACAACCUAGGCCGCACCUACGAAUCUGAAGGCCUGUUGAGCGAGGCCAAGGAUGUAUACAACAACCUGCUCAAGCGUCAUGCAGACUACGUGCAUGCGCGGAUUCGUCUGGCAUACAUUACGCUUCAGCAGAACCCUACCGGCGAAGGUCCGAAGGCCGUGGCUCAGCUGAUGCAGGAGUAUAAGGACAAUCUAGAAGUGCAGGCGUUGUAUGGCUGGUAUUUGAACAGGUCGAAAACAAGGGCCGUCGAUGUCGCUGCAGACAAGGAACAACGACACUGGAAAUAUGUCCUACAGGGCAACAAUGGGGCGAACAAGCAUGACCAGUACGCCCUCACUUCUUUGGGCAACGUCCAUCUCACUGCAGCUCGCGAGAUUCGAGGAACCGCCGAACAGGAAAAAGAGAAGCGUCGGAAAGCAUACGAGAAGUCAGCCGAGUUCUUCGAUAAGGUGCUCCAAGUUGAUCCCAGGAACGCUUAUGCGGCACAGGGCAUUGCUAUUGCCCUGAUAGAGCACCGGAAAGAUUUUGCGACUGGCCUGCAAAUCUUGAACAAAGUCAAGGAGGUGCUGAGAGAUUACAAUGUCUACGUGAACUUGGGACACACAUAUUGUGAGCUAAAGCAAUAUUCGCGCGCCAUCGAAAAUUAUGAGUUGGCGCGAGCGAGGGCGAAGCCCAACGAUACAUCCAUCCUUGCUUGUCUCGGCCGCGUUUGGUUGAUGCGGGGGAGACAAGAGAAGAGUCUUGCGGCGCUGAAGACUGCACUGGAAUACUCUCAGCAGGCACUCAAUAUUGCGCCACAACAGGUGCACUUCCAGUUCAACGUCGCUUUUGUCCAGAUGCAGAUCGCCCAAACGAUCUACAGCCUCAAGGAAUCCGAAAGGACUCUGGAGGAUGUCGAGAAAGCCAGUGCAGGGCUAGAAGAGGCCAUUGAGACAUUCACUGCCAUCGCCAAAUCAGAUGCUGCCCGCUUCCCGCCACACGAUAUCGAACAGCGCGCAAGCAUGGGUCGAAACACCAUGCGGAGGCAGCUUGAACGUGUCAAGGAGAGCCAACAGAAAUAUGAGGAAGCGAACCAGAGCAAGCUCGAACAGGCACGUGCUCUGCGCGAAGCUGAGCUCAAGAAGCGUGAGGAAGAGCUCCGAAAAGCUGAAGAAGAGAAGGCGGAGCGGCGCCGCAAGAUUCUGGAGGAGCAACAGAGGCUCCAAGAGCAGGACCGUGAAUACAUGGAGAAGCGCGCAGAAGAGGAGCGGCGACGCCAGGAGCUUAUUGACGACAGUGAGAUGCGCAAAUCCGAACGGCGCAGGAAGGGCGGGAAACGCAAGAAGAAAGGCGACGUGGAUGAAUCUGAGAUUGAGAGUGAAUCUGAUGGCCACGAGCGCUCCAGAAGACGCAGGACUAGCGCCUCUGCGACUGCAACUGAGGGCGUGACGGACGAGGACAGGCCACGCCAAAAGAAGCGAAAGCUCGAACGCAGGAAGAAGGAGCCUGCUGGCAAAUACAAGUCUUCUGAGAUGGUCAUCGAUAGUGACGAAGAACUGUUGGACGACGUUCCGCCAGCCGAGCCCGAGACUCCUGCUGCCGCCAAUGGCGGUGAAGAGAGCGAUGAAGAACAAGCGACGGCUCCGCGUGCGCGCAAGAAUCGUGUCGUAGACGAAGACGAGGACGAAGAUGAGACUCCUGGCUCUCCCAAGGCUCAGGCUAAUGAUGUUGCCAUGGACGACGAGGACGAGUAG